UCUCUCUCUCUCUCUCGCCCCAUCUCUCAUACACAUAAAAUAGAAAGAGUAGUCCAAGUGGCUAAGUAUGUAUAUGCCUCCAAAUAUUAUUUAUAUGUAUGCUAAGUGUUUCAUUCGAUAUAGAGAUUUUCAAAUACUAUAUAUCUGGAGAACUGUAUAUAGUUGUGGUUCAUGGACACUGGGUUUCAGAAGUUUGUUGUAUAUUAAGUCAUUCUUCUAAUAUGGUUGCUUGUUUGUAUGUCAACCGCCUUCUUUUGUGUUUGGUUUACUUUCCAAAUAAUAUCUGAUAUCUCUUCUUGUAUGUUUAUGUUUGAACACAACAAGAGAGAAUGAAGAUUUUCUCUGCUCAAGUUGAGGAAGGAAGGGAAGGCCAGAAUGGCAAGCCUUCCGUUGGUCCGGUAUACCGGAAUUUACUGUCCAAAAACAAUUUUCCUCCACCUCAUCCCGAUAUAAGUACAGGCUGGGAUCUCAUUAGUCAAUCUGCUCAGAAGUAUCCUGGAAAUCGAAUGCUUGGAUGGCGUAAAAUAGUUGAUGGAAAGAUUGGACCUUAUGUUUGGAAAACAUACAAGGAGGUUUAUGACGAACUUCUUCUUGUUGGUUCUGCAUUACGAGCAUCUGGUGUGGAACCAGGUUCCCGGAUUGGGAUCUAUGGUUCAAAUUGCCCCCAGUGGAUUAUGGCAAUGGCGGCUUGUUGUGCUCAUAGUUUGAUCUGUGUGCCUCUCUAUGAUACCCUAGGGCCAGGAGCUGUAAAUUUUAUCAUAGAUCAUGCAGAGGUUGAUGUUGUUUUUGUCCAAGAUAAGAAAGUGAAAGAACUACUGAAGCCUGAAUGUACAUCCAUUCAAAGAUUAAAAGUUAUGGUUUGCUUCACUUCGUUGACAGAUGAAGAGAAGGAUAAGGCAGCACACAUUGGGAUAAAACCAUACUCAUGGAAUGAGUUCACAGAGAUGGGAAUUCAAAACCCAUCAAAGAUCUUUCCACCUCUGCCUGAGAAUAUCAGCACAAUUAUGUACACAAGUGGUACCAGUGGAGCUCCUAAAGGUGUUGUGAUAACACAUGAAAACAUGGCAUAUGGUGUCAGAGGCAUUGACCUCUUUUUGGAACAAUUUGAAGACAAGAUGACAGUGGAUGAUGUGUAUCUAUCUUUCCUUCCUCUGGCUCAUAUCCUGGACUGCGUAAUUGAGAUGUAUUUUUUCCGCAAUGGUGCUUCUGUUGGCUACUAUCAUGGGGAUCUUAAUGCAUUAGGGGAUGAUAUAAUGGAGUUGAAGCCAACACUUCUUGCUGGGGUACCUCGAGUCUUCGAGAAAAUACAUGAAGGUAUAAAGAAAGGAGUCCAACAGCUCAAUCCAAGGAGGCAGAAGAUUUUUGACAUUCUCUACAGAUACAAACUUGCUUGGAUGAACAUGGGGUUUAAAAACAAAAACGCCUCACCACUCGCUGAUCUGUUAGCCUUCAGAAAGAUAAAGAAUAGGCUGGGUGGUAGAAUUCGUCUUAUAAUAUCAGGAGGUGCACCCUUAAGCUCUGAGAUUGAAGAAUUCUUGCGAGUUACUUGCUGUUGUUUCGUACUCCAAGGCUAUGGGUUGACAGAAACUGUUGGCCCAACUACUCUCGGGUUUCCUGAUGAAAUGUGUAUGAUUGGUGCUGUUGGUACCGUAUCUGUUUUCAACGAGCUGCGCCUCGAAGAGGUUCCAGAAAUGGGCUACAAUCCACUUGGGGAUCCUCCUUGUGGUGAGAUAUGCUUGAGAGGAAAGACUGUUUUUUCUGGCUAUCACAAAAGUCCUGAAUUGACAAGAGAAGCAAUUAAAGAUGGAUGGUUCCAUACAGGGGACAUAGGGCAAAUACUUCCAAAUGGAACCAUCAAGAUCAUUGAUAGGAAAAAGAAUCUGAUCAAACUCUCGCAAGGAGAGUAUGUUGCACUUGAGUACUUGGAAAAUGUAUAUGGCAUUUCAUCUGUUAUUGACGAUAUCUGGGUAUACGGGAAUAGCUUCAAGUCGAAGCUUGUUGCCGUGGUGGUAGCAGAAGAAGAAAGCACGAAGAGGUGGGCUUAUUUAAAUGGUCACAUUGGUUCAUUUUCUGAUCUUUGUUUUCUUGAUCAGCUCAAGAGCCACAUCCUGGAAGAACUCAAGUCAACAGCUGAGAAGAACAAGCUGAGAGGUUUCGAGUAUAUAAAAGGAAUCAUUGUUGAGCCUCGCCCCUUCGACAUGGAAAGAGACAUGGUGACUGCAACUUUGAAAAAGAAAAGAAAUCAAUUGCUCAAGUAUUACCAGGCUAGACUUGAUGAGCUCUACCAAAAUCUGGACGCUGGACAGUAAGACAGUAAGGGAAAUAAGGCAACGCAUAUUAGUAACGAGAUAUUGCAUCAUAUAUGUAUGUCAAACUGCUUGUACUGUUGCUAAAUUCACUGUUACUUGUGACGAGUGUGCUGUUUGGGAUGAGGAGGCUUUUGCCUCCGCUUGAGUCUUGCCUCGUUGCUGUUCUGAUCUUGAUGUAUCCGUUUUAAUUCAAUAAGACACUUUUUGUACCCCCUUUUAAUUCAAGAAGUAUAUUCUCUGAUGUGGUGACAU